GAGAGAGAGAGAGAGAGAAAAUAUGAAACAACUCAUUUGCAGAGGAGUAAAUCACGGAAUACCCGUUUGAGAGCGCGACAGGGCUCCCGCUUACAGCGCUAACACCGGAAUUGUGAUGCGCACGAGCCCUUCCUCCUCCACUUCUCCCUCUUCUUAUCCUUCCUCCUCUUCUUCUUCCUCUUUUGCUUAUUCUUCCUCUUAUUCUUCUUCUUCUUCCUCGCUGGAGAUUUUAUGGAAUCGGCGUGAUUGUUGUUGUUGUCGCGGUGGUUGUGGCUGUUACCGCUCCGGCCGGCUGCCGUUGCCGUUACGCACAACGCUCGUCCGUUGCGGCCGUGAAGGGAAAAACCACAACAACGGUCCCCGACACCGGCGGCGGACCUGCCUCACGCUCUCUUUCUCUCUCUCUCCCUCCCUCCCCUCCGUGUCUCUUCGUGUGUCGGUGUUUCUCUGCCUCAAACCGCACGAUAGAAGCAGCAACAACAAGAAAAAAGAGAAAAGAGCGGAGAAAAGAGUUGAAAGCCGCGGAUCGCUUCCUGCAGUCCCGCUCUGACUCCGCCGAGCCGAACACAAACUGAAACCACAAUAAAACACCGACACAAAAGAUGAGUUCAUAUUUCGUCAACUCGCUCUUCUCCAAAUACAAAAGCGGGGACUCGCUACGCCCGAACUACUACGAGUGCGGGUUCGCGCAGGACCUGGCCGGCAGCCGGCCCACCGUGGUGUACGGCCCGGGCUCCGGCGCCACCUUCCAGCACGCCCCGCAGAUCCAGGACUUCUACCACCACAGCGCCUCCACGCUGCCCAGCAACCCGUACCAGCAGAGCCCCUGCGCGGUCACAUGCCACGGCGAGCCGGGCAACUUCUACGGAUACGACGCCCUGCAGCGGCAGACGCUGUUCGGCGCACAGGACGCGGACCUGGUCCAGUACAGCGACUGUAAACUGGGGAGCGCGCCGGGGAUCGGCGGCGAGGACGCAGAGGGGACCGAGCAGAGCCCCUCGCCAACGCAGCUCUUCCCCUGGAUGAGGCCGCAAGCAGCGGGCAGGAGGCGGGGCAGGCAGACCUACAGCCGCUACCAGACGCUGGAGUUGGAGAAGGAGUUCCUGUUCAACCCCUACCUGACCCGGAAGCGCCGCAUCGAGGUGUCGCACGCGCUGGCGCUUACGGAGCGGCAGGUGAAGAUCUGGUUCCAGAACCGACGGAUGAAGUGGAAGAAGGAAAACAACAAGGACAAGUUCCCCAGCAGCAAGAGCGAGCAGGAGGCGGUGGAGAGGGAGAGGAGGGAGAAGGAGCUGCGGGACGGCGGCGCGAGCGAAGGCGGUGAAGGCGGCGGCAGUGAGGGGGGAGGAGGAGGCGCGGUGGCGGUGGCGGUUGCGGGGUCACAGGCCUCCGUGAAUGAGGACUGCUGCGAGAAAACCCACAAGCAAAUGUAGAGAGGAAAGCGGUGGAAUUAGGGGAGGGGGUGGGGGGGGGAAUGAGGGCGCAAGUGGCGG